AUGGGGUAUAAAAGGUGGAUGUUUUCAUUUCUAUUGUUUGCUGCAAUAAGAAAACUUCUUGCUGAAGACAAAGCUUGUGACUUCCCCAAUAUAGAAAAUGGAAGGAUUGCACUAUAUUAUUAUAGUUUUAAAAAUUAUUAUUUUCCAAUGAAGAGAGGCGAAAAACUCUCAUAUACCUGCUUGGCUGGGUAUUCAACUGAAACUGGAAGUCAAAAUGGAAGGGUAAACUGCACCAAUGAAGGCUGGACACCAGUCCCCAAAUGUUACAAGAAAUGCAUCCAACCUACUUUGGAUAAUGGUAUUUUUUCUGAUACAAAAUUAUCCUACGACAUCUGGGAAAACUUAAAAUAUAGUUGCCAUUCAGGCUAUGAAACUCCAGGAGGCAAGAGGAAUGCAAGUAUACAAUGUCUUCAAGAUGGAUGGUCAGUUCAGCCAGAGUGUAUGGAAGCAACUAAAAAACCUUUCGGGACUUGCUUAGUUCCAGAUUUGUUGUAUGGUCACUAUCAUACACUGCAGAGAGUGUUCAGUGUGCAUGACAAGCUCAAAUAUGAAUGCAUGGAUGGAUAUGUUACAGCUGGAGGAAACACAACAGAAGAAGCACUAUGUCAGAUUCAAGGGUGGUCUCUUGUUCCCAAAUGUACAAAGUUAGAGUGUUCAUCUCCAAAUCCUAUUGAGCAUGGAAAAGUCUAUCCCAAGAAAGGCAAUUAUGAAGAAGGAGAUGUAAUUCAGAUUAUCUGUUUGGAAGGUUAUACUUUAAGAGGAUCUGAGUUAAUUCAGUGUUAUUACUUUGGCUGGUAUCCACAAUUUCCAAUAUGUGAAGAAAGAAGAAACAAAUGCCCUCCCCCACCUCAGCCCCCAAAUACCAAAUUGCUAACCAAUUUAAGAACCUACCGUCAGGGAGACAUAAUACAUUAUCAGUGUGAGCAUUCAUUCCAGCUUAAUGGAAUGGGAGAAAUCCAAUGUGAGAAUGGGAAAUGGACUUCACUUCCCAAAUGCAUAGGUAUGAUCUCAGAUGUGGGCAGGGCAUCAACCACAGAAGAUUAUCGGACUGUAGAAACUGGUGGGAACUGCAAUUCGCCCCCUAUAGUUAAAAAUAGUAUUACUAUUAAUGAUAUUGGUCAAUUGGCAAGUUACAGUCCUGGAUCUUUAGUGGAAUAUGCAUGUCAUCCUUUACAUAUAAUGAAAGGAUCCAGUACAGUUCAUUGUAUCCAUGGAGCUUGGACUGAGCCACCAACUUGUUUAGAGCCAUGUUUAGCUAGGGAAGAAAUUCCUGGCAAUUACAACCUAGAAAUGAAAUGGAAGCUUGAAGAAGAGUGGUACUUCAUGCAUGGCGGUUUUAUUGAAUUUGUAUGUAAACCAGGAUAUGUUUUGCCACCCUUAGUCUCAGAAUCCGAAUUGCUGGUGCAAUGUAAUGAUGGACAAUUGAAAUAUCCUCAGUGUAUUUCCAAAGGCUUAAGUGCUAACUGUGGUCCUCCACCUUCCAUAGAAAAUGGGGUUAUUAUGGGCUCAUUAACAGAAAACUAUGAAGAUGGUUCAACAAUACAGUACAGUUGCAAUGAAUAUCAUGUUUUGCAAGGUUCCAUAACAGUCUUUUGUUCAAGGAGCCAAUGGACUACUCCACCUGUUUGUAUAGAGCCAUGUACCUUGUCACAGGAAGAGAUGGCAAAAAAUAAUUUGCAUUUGAGAUGGAGUUUUGACAAUCGACCUUAUUUUCUUCAUGGAGAAUUUGUUGAAUUUGUAUGCAAAGCAUACCACACUACACUUCUAUCAAGUUCAUCCUCUGAUUUUAGAGUACAGUGUCAGAAUGGACAACUAUUGUAUCCACAAUGUAUUGACAUGGGGUUCCUUGUUUAA